UCAACCUCUACAAAACAAUCUUGCUUCUUUGUUAUUACACCCAUUCACCCUUGCUUGUUUGGUCUCACCACACCACAACACAACAGUGAUGCAGUGAGUGGUCACACUCACACAUCAAUUUUGUCUGGAAGUUAUUGUCAUCCUUACGAACCACAGUCCUAUUCAUCCCUCAAACCCUACAAAUAUUUCAAUAGCCGUUACACUUUUUGUCUUUUUGUCACAUUUUCAAACCCAUGCAAACUCCAACACUCUCUUCCCCUCACUGCCCCACCCCAACAUUCUAAACUCAACCAUGGGCUGCUGCUUCAGCACACCCACCACCCAAUCCCAAACCCCAAACAAAAACCACCACCACUAUCAACCACCGCCCCCACCCUUAGAAGAGGAAUCCGUCAAAGAGGUCCUCUCCGAGACCCCAAUUUUCAAACCUCAACAAGUUCCAAUUUUGACGCCGGAGACAAACACCCAUUUGCCCCUCCCCCAAAACCCACCACCCAAUUUCCCAAAAACUGACCCCGUCGAAGAAGUCUCCGAGGUUGUGUCUCACCUCUCGGAAACAUGCAGCAUGAGCGAGAGCUUCUCCACCGCCACCGCCACCACCGCCACAACCACCACCGUCACGGUUACGGACAAGAGAGAAGAAGACGAAGCAACCAGCAAGGCUCACAAGUGGGACCGUUCUCCGUCCAGGAAGAGGCCCCACGCCGCCGACGCCACCCUCGCCGCCGGGAGAGACCGGAGGCUCAAGUCGCCGGCGAGGCGGCCGGAGCCGUCGCCAGAAAAGAAAAUCAAGCCCGGUCCGAGGCCACUCCGGGGGAGGGAUUCCGGCCCGGCGUCGAAUCGGCGGCGCAAUGCCGGAGCCGCCGCGCUCCGGCGUGACCCCGGCGAGGGUUCCGGGCGGCGGUCGAGGUCGCCGGCUUGUGGUAGAGCGGGAAAGGUGGGGGUCGUGGGAGGUCGGAAAGAGGCUGCGCCGGCGAAUGCUAUGGAGAAGGAGAAAGAGAAAGAGAAGAUGAAUGAAAGUGAAGAAGUUGCGGAGAAAAACGACGUCGUUUCUCAGGAGGAGUGCUUGGAAAACCCGCAUGUUUCGAUGGAGUGCUUUAUUUUUCUGUAGAAGCACGUUUUUCGAGGUUUUUGGAAUUCUAGAAGCGAUUUCACAUGGCGUCGCUUUCGUUUUCGUUAGCACUUUUACUUUUUGACUUUUUAAGAAGGGCUUUGUUAUAAAGUUAAAACGGUGGAGCUUUUGUGCUUCGUUUUUUGUUC